AUGGUUCAUUUCGUUCCUGCAAAGAAGUCAUUCACAGCAGCAGGCAGCGUAGAGCUUCUCGCGGACCGUCUCAUCCGCUACCACGGAUUUCCAGAGGUACUCAUAUCGGACCGCCACCUCCGCUUCCAGUCGGAUCUCUGGCAACAACUCUGUAGCCGCUUUAACAUCAAACGGCGCAUGCCCUCGUCCUGCCAUCCGCAAAGCAACGGUCAAACCGAAUGGAUUAGCCGUACAAUGGAGCAGAUGCUUCGUACCUACAUGCAAUCUGACGAACGCGAGUGGGAGCGUUUGCUCCCGGUCCUGGAACUUGCUUACAACUCAACAAGUCAUUCCUCCACCGAGCUCUCUCCCUUCGAGGUCAUGAUUGGCUAG